AGCAUUAGUUCUUUCUCUGCACUGAUUUUUUUAGAACAGAAAAAGUCGUCCCGUUUAUUUGUCCCAGUUUAAAAUAAAACCGUGUUAUUUUUCUUCUUUGUGUACGAUCACGCAAAAUGCUGAAACUAACAAAAUCCUCAUUCAUUUUUUAUAUUUACCUGGUAUUCUUAUAUAUAACGUUUGCAGGAGCAAUUCAAACUUCCAUGCGGAAAUUUCCCGCUAACCACAAGCAUGCCCUGCAAAAACGCCAGACCGCCGGCUCCGCCCCCACAUUCGGACAAGGUUCGUAUUCGUUCACCGCGACCUCCUGCAACACCGGCACGAACGUCGGCACCGUGACGGCAUCAGCCAACUCCGUACCCGGUCAAGUGGGCUACACCAUCGAUCCCCAAUCUGUUCAGGGUUUCAACGCCAUCAUUGGUUACUUGACCGGCGUCGUAACCCUGGCCAACAACGCCCCGUCGACCUUCAGUUUCAACGUGCUGGCCAGUACUUCCGCCGGUACCACUUCCGUGCCGGUAACCGUGACAUGUCCGGGUUCCACCAACGGUCUGGGGAUCGUCUCGUGCCCUUUCAACAACGGGACGUGUACCAACACCGCGGUGACCACCACCAUUUCGCCGUUGCUACUGAGCAGCGCGCUAACGUCGAGUCUAACCAAUCCGUAUUUAUACAACCCGUUUGGAACGACUGGUUUAACCUAUCCGUUCACGGGAACAACGGGACUAACGUAUCCUUACACCGGCACUACUGGAUUGACCUAUCCGUAUACUGGAACAACUGGAUUGACCUAUCCAUAUACCGGCACCACGGGUUUGAGCUAUCCGUAUGGCACGAGUACGUCGUCAUGUCAGUCCACAACCGGCUUAACCGGAUAUCCAUAUACGGGAACGACUGGUUUAACUGGUUAUCCAUAUACUGGAUAUCCAUAUACGGGAACCACUGGUUUAACCGGCUAUCCGUAUGGGUAUCCAUACACGGGAACCACCGGAACCACCCAGCAGACUUUCACCGUAACGAAUUGUUACACACCCGGCAGUUAUGUCGGACAAGUGUGCUACCCGGGUGCAUCGGGUUAUCUCAUUAGCGGUAGCCAAUUCACGAUUAACGCCAACAGCGGGAUUAUCACCUUACUGACACCAUUGACCACCACAACGGGAACCCUGACAGCCAACGUCCAAGCGUACCUGUCGACGGGUCAGUCGAUUACACUCCCGGUUACCAUUAUCGCCAGCUGUUUCGGAUCAACCGGCAUCUAUCCUUUUGGUACUACCACCGGAACGGGAUUCCUACAACCAUCCUAUACCUUCACCGCGACCACUUGUACGGCGGGUACGGCCGUGGGAACCGUCCAGGCAUACGGUGCUCUCGGUUAUUACAUCACCAAUGGAAACACCCAGUUUACUAUCUCCACGGCGGGAACUAUUACCAUGCUGACAGCGGUACCAGCAGGAACUUAUACUCUCCUGGUAGCCAGUACCAGUACUACUGGCCUCGCCGGUACCACUGUGCCAGUGACCAUUACCGUAACCUGCAGCGGAACAACAACGGGUGUGGCUACUUUCCCGCAGACAUCAUAUACGCUGUCGACUAGUAGCUGCACAGCUGGGUCCUCCGUGGGAUCAGUGACGGCCACCAAUGCCAAUAGUUAUUCGAUCACCAGUACCGGCUCCUUUGCCAUUUCUACGGCGGGUGCCAUAACAUUAUCGUCAGCCUUAUCAGCCGGUACAUAUACAGGAACAGUAACCGCCACCGGCACGCUGGGGUCAGCGUCCGUUCCGGUGACGAUUACCGUGACCUGCGGUGGGACUUCGACGGGAGGAACCGGUGCGCCGGUGUUUGCGCAACCGUUCUAUGGAUUUACGCUGUCAACGUGCGGGACAUCGGCGGCGGUGGGGACCGUCACCGCCACCAAUGCAGCAUCGUAUGCCAUCAACUAUGGAAGCGGCAAUUUUGCUAUUGAUGCCAGUGGAAAUAUUACAGCCACCAGUGUUUCCGCGGGAGUGUAUAGUCUGACCGUUGUGGCUACAAAUAGUAGCGGUGUGCAGCAAGCGAUACCGGUUACGGUGACUGUUACUUGUACUACUGGAUAGUGCUAAAAGUUUGCUUAUUUUUAAACAAUGUCAAAAAUUGUAAUUUUCAGUAUUGUACAAAAGUAGAUAUUGAUUUUAAUUGUGAGAAAUUCCUGCAUUGCUUUAUGCCUUUUUCAAUAAAGUGAACAAU